CUCGAGCACGGAGGCCCCCGGCGGCGCCGCAUGGAGUACCCGGCGGCGGGCUGAGCCCUGCCUGCCCGCGGCCCCUCGGGGAGGUCUCAUGGUACCAAGUGACGCGUCCCUCCCGUGAGAUUUGCUCCCCCGAAGCCCCUGAGAAGAUGUCAGGGAUGCAGGCCGUUUGGCCAUCCGGUACAGAAUGUAUCGCCAAGUACAACUUCCACGGUACCGCCGAGCAGGACCUGCCGUUCAGCAAGGGAGACGUCCUCACCAUCGUUGCUGUCACCAAGGACCCCAACUGGUACAAGGCGAAGAACAAGGUGGGCCGGGAGGGCAUCAUCCCCGCUAACUACGUGCAGAAACGGGAAGGAGUGAAGGCUGGCAUCAAGCUCAGCCUCAUGCCGUGGUUCCAUGGGAAGAUCACACGGGAGCAGGCAGAGCGGCUGCUGUACCCACCUGAAACGGGGCUGUUCCUGGUGCGGGAGAGCACCAACUACCCUGGGGACUACACCCUGUGUGUGAGCUGUGAGGGCAAGGUGGAGCACUACCGCAUCAUUUACUCCUCCAGCAAGCUGAGCAUCGACGAGGAGGUCUACUUUGAGAACCUGAUGCAGCUUGUGGAGCAUUACACCACAGAUGCUGACGGGCUCUGCACGCGCCUCAUCAAGCCCAAGGUGAUGGAGGGGACAGUGGCAGCUCAGGACGAGUUCUCCCGCAGUGGCUGGGCCCUCAACAUGAAGGACCUCAAGCUGCUGCAGAUCAUUGGCAAAGGGGAAUUUGGAGACGUGAUGCUGGGUGAUUACCGGGGGAACAAAGUCGCCGUCAAGUGCAUUAAAAACGACGCCACAGCGCAGGCUUUCCUGGCAGAAGCGUCUGUGAUGACGCAGCUCCGACACAGCAACCUGGUGCAGCUGCUGGGGGUGAUCGUGGAGGAGAAGAGCGGCCUCUACAUUGUCACUGAGUAUAUGGCCAAGGGCAGCCUAGUAGAUUACCUGCGGUCGCGUGGGAGGUCGGUCCUAGGUGCAGACUGCCUGCUCAAGUUUUCCUUAGAUGUCUGUGAAGCCAUGGAGUACCUGGAAGCCAACAACUUCGUCCAUCGGGACCUGGCGGCGAGGAACGUGUUGGUCUCAGAGGACAACAUUGCCAAGGUCAGCGAUUUUGGGCUGACAAAGGAAGCGUCGUCCACUCAGGACACGGGGAAGCUGCCUGUGAAGUGGACAGCACCCGAAGCACUUAGAGAAAAGAAAUUCUCCACCAAAUCGGACGUGUGGAGCUUCGGGAUCCUCCUGUGGGAAAUCUAUUCCUUCGGGCGAGUGCCUUAUCCGAGAAUCCCCCUGAAGGACGUGGUGCCCCGGGUGGAGAAGGGCUACAAGAUGGACGCACCCGACGGCUGCCCAGCCAUCGUCUAUGAAGUGAUGAAGAAGUGCUGGACGCUGGACCCAGGGCACCGGCCGUCCUUCCACCAGCUCCGUGAACAGCUAGUGCAUAUCAAAGAGAAGGAGCUCUACCUGUGAGAGGGCUCUGGGGGGCACCUCCAACCCCAGGGCAGGAGCAGGGGGGCUCUCCCAGCCCACACAGCACAGAGGGCCACCCAUGGGAGCGACCGGACGGAGCCCAACCACCGGGCAGCCCCUCCUGGUCGCUUCCAACCUUCCAAAUCGGUCUUCGUUGGGUUUUGUUUUGUUUGUUUUGUUUUGUCCCAGGCUUUUUUUUUUUUUUAUUAUUUUUUUUCCCCCCCCCCUUGAAUUUGGGGUGUUUUUCGUUUGGGUUCCUUUUUUUUUUUGUUUUCUUUUUUUGAGGGGGGGAGGGGAGCCGUUGCUUUAUUAUUAUUUUGUUGUUGUUGUCAUUAUGUUGUGGUUUUUUGUUUUUUUUUUUUAUUAUUAUUAUUAUUUCAAGCAGGGGCCCAGCCGAGCGCUGGCCGUUUUACUAAAGUACGAAUCUUAUUUUUUAAUGUAAUUAAAAGACAGAAAAUUAAAAAAAAAAAAAGAAGAAGAAGAAAAAGAAGAAGAAGAAAGAAGGUUAAUAAAAGAAGAAUAAUAAUAAAUAAGCCAAUGAAAUGGACACACAAAAAGGAAACCCCAACGACAGAAGUGAUGGUUCCAGAGGAGACGCUGCAUUGCUGGGAGCACAGCAGCGUCCCCCGAGGGCGCUUUUUUUGGGUUGUUUUGCUUUAAACUUGUUGCAAUGUUUGCAUGCUGUCUCCAGAGGCCUUUUUUUCCAGUCCUGUCCAGUGCUUUAUUCUCAUGUAAUGCUACCGACUGUGAGAUUAAAACUGUAAUAAAACCAUUCCAUACGGACGCGGCA